GACGGCGCGCACAUGGCAGCUUUGUGAAAGUCGGAUCUCACCACAAUUGCCAACAACAACAGCGUAAUAGAGUUGGCUUAAGGUAACUCUCAAAAUCGAGUUGUUGGUAGUGCAGCUCAUUCGCCGUUUCGCUUGCAAAGUGUGAACGCUGAUUAUAGAAAUUCGGUCGGUGUUUUCUCAAUAAAUACGUCUACGAGUUAAAUGAUAUUCCGCAUGGAAAUAAUAGAUUUCUGAAAAUAUGUGCAUAAACUGUGGCGAUUAUUGUGAUUAAGUUGGUAAACGAAAUUUUAGUGCGUCAUUUUGUGAGUGUCAGUGGAGCAGUGCGUAAUAUGAAGAGGAGGAAUUUGCUUUUAAAACUAUGUGCACUACUGGCGACGUUGUCAUGGCGUGUGACAGUGUGCUCAGUAGUGCAAGAAAAUCAUCUGCCCGCACAAAAUGACUUGGAUGCUGCGUUAGCGGAGAGUUUUUCUAAUGGAAUCGCCAACAGCACAGAUUUGGUGAGAGCAGUGCGGGAAUCAAUAAGACAACAUGAGCUCCUGCAACAACGAAAUAAGCCUCGAAGAUCAAAGAGAGCGAUUAAGCGCGUCUGCUAUGGCGAACUUGGUUGCUUCGAAGAUUCUGGCCCAUUUGCCUAUUUGGAAAUGUUACCAUCACCGCCAGAAGAUAUCAAUACGAAAUUUUAUUUUUAUUCCACAAAAAAUCGUUCCGAGCGACCGCUCAUGGAGUUGCCCUUUCUCAAUAUGACUGAUGCCUUCGGCAAAAUUGCUACUUCGUCGCAUACUUUAAGACGCCGAACGGGCUUUGUCAAUGAGACAAAUGGCGGCGCUGACGACGCUACAAGUACAACAACUACAACGACAACAACCGCUAAAACAACUCAACGCAGCGUCUUCAAACGUACACCGCUGACGCUCGACGAGUUGCACGGCUUCGACGAACUGUCGGUGCGUGUCAUCGUGCAUGGUUUCGGCUCUGCUUGCCCGCAUGUGUGGAUUUAUGAAAUGAAGACAGCCUUGAUGGCGGUGGAAGAUUGCAUUGUUAUUUGCGUGGACUGGGAGAAUGGCGCCACAUUUCCGAAUUACGUGCGUGCCGCUGCCAAUACACGUCUGGUCGGCAAACAACUGGCGAUGCUGUUGCAAAACUUGAAGGAACAUAAGGGCCUCAACUUUACACGCACACAUAUAAUCGGUUUUAGUUUGGGUGCACAUGUGUCCGGCUUUGCCGGUGCUGAACUACCUGGCUUAGCACGCAUCACGGGUCUCGAUCCCGCUGGUCCGUUGUUCGAGGCACAACAUCCUAAAGUGCGUUUGGAUAAUACGGAUGCGGAGUUUGUGGAUGUCAUACACUCGAAUGGCGAAAAUCUAAUUCUGGGUGGCUUGGGUUCAUGGCAGCCCAUGGGUCAUGUGGACUUCUAUCCGAAUGGUGGACGCGUGCAGACGGGCUGUUCGAAUUUAUUUGUGGGCGCGGUGACGGAUUUUAUUUGGUCUGCUCAGACUGCUGACGAAGAGGAAGGUCGUUCUCUAUGCAAUCAUCGACGUGCCUAUAAGUUCUUUAUUGACUCUGUCGCGCCGCGCUGCAUGUUCCCUGCAUAUCCGUGUAAUAACUAUGAUGACUUUAUUAAAGGUGAUUGCUUUCCAUGCGCACAAAACGAUGACGACGUAGCCGAAGGUGUACCCCGCUGCGGUAAUAUGGGUUACUAUGCUGACAGAUCGACAGGGCGGGGACAGCUUUAUUUGCUGACACGAGAGGAGGAGCCAUUUUGUGCGCAUCAAUUCAAGCUGGAGAUUUUUAACUCCUUCAAUGAUUUGCCCUUGCGCACUAUUGGUCGUCUCGAAGCUACACUUGAAGGUGAAGGUGGUCUAAAUGAGACAUUCAAGAUAUCGGAAAAGGACGACUCGGAGUUCUUUGCUGGCGAUAUUGUAUCGAAAAUCAUUGUACCACAUCCAGCCUUGGGCUUUCCAACAACACUCAGCUUGCACUACAAAUCCUACAGUGGUUGGUUGUCCAAGGGCUUACCGCACUGGGAUAUCGACAAAGUUGUACUAACCGACAGCUUCGGUCGCAGCCACUCACUCUGCAAGCCGUCGACUAAACUUUCAUCCGGCACACCGGUACGUCUGAAAUUGCUCUCAGGUAACUGUGAGUUGGAGAAUCAGGAGGACUAUGGCACUUAUAAUGUGCCCACCACUUUGGUGCCUGAUUCGAACGGACAAGAGAGCGUCGCUGACAAUGUGGAAACCGAUAGCGUGGACGCUGCAAAACAAAGUAAAGAUUAUUUCAAUCUCGGCACAAGUUUUCGCAUCGAUCAGAACAGCACAUAUGGCGACAACGAAUUGCCAUGGCAACCCAUUUUCGAGGGUACCAAUUCGCUGGACAAAGAUGUGGUGGCUGAGUCAAGUCGCAGUAUAUCGGUAGAGCCAACGGAAAUAUUUGAACCGAUAUUAAAUGAUCGCCGGCUGGGGCUGAAGCAUGCACGCAACUUGCAGGAAUAUGGCGUAACAACGGAGGAGAUUGUAGAGCCAGUCCUGAAGGCCACCACACCGCGUGUGAAAAAGGCGAAAGAGAUCGUUUUCACCGAUUCACCGUUAGGCGAUAAAAAGCCUGAAAUUAUAAAAAUUACACCCAUAUCUGUACGCAAUGGACCAGAGUUGCCAAAGCAGCCUAGCAAACAAGACGAAGUCAUAACCGUUCAACUGCUACCAUUCCGGCUCGGUGAUUUACUACAACGUGCCGAACGUUAUGCACGAGAGACACUGCUACCGUUAAUUUCUGUACAAGCGCCAAAAUUCUUUGGUUUCAAUGUUGGUGGCGUUGUUGGCACAGCCACAACCAGCAGUAGUACUGAAGAACCAGCUGCUUUGAAGGAAGAACCACGUAAACCACGUUACAUACCACGCUUUGAAGAAGCGUCUUUUCUGCGUGACAAACGUGUGGAGCGCAAACCGGUCAAAGACCUCACAGUGUCUGAGUCGAGAACGCAGCGUAAUAUUUUCAAGCUCUUAAGGUCGGAGCGACGGGAGAAAGGUGAAGAUGGUGGUGGCGUUGGCGUUGGCGUUGCCGCUGGUCCAGCUAGUACCAGCGUGAGUCGUUUGGGGCAAACACGCACGUUCAGCGACAUUAAUUACUACACAAAUAUGAUGCUUACCGAAUCGAGAGCAUUACGGCCGGAAGAUCCCAGUUAUGAGCCGGUAUUCAUAGAGUUACCCACCUACAGGCCAAGUAAAAAGCCAAAGCACUUAGUUGAACCGCAAGCUUAGUGUAUUUGAGCCAGUCGUCCUUAGUAGCGACCA